GCAAAAAUGCCAGUGUUAAAAUGUUGGGGACAGUGUUAAAUAGAGAGUGUUGGUGUUGUUUUAACACUAGACAGCUUUAAAAUAACAUUGGCGGUGUUGCUUGUGACACUUUUAUGUUGUCAAAUUGGACCGUUAACUUGUUGGUGUUAAAUUAAGCCACGCCUUGACGUAACGGCUGUGAAAUGCGAAAUCCACUUUUUGUCGACGCCAUUAUUCUUCCAUUUUCCAUGAGGACAAUGUUUGUUUCUGAAGAAAACUCUAAAAGCAAGAAAACUUGAAGUCUCGUGCCUUCUGCUCACAUCUAGCCAACGAAAUGCUAGUCCAAGUGGAGCACAAGAGUGUCAAGAAAUGGGUUCGUGUUCCAAGUACUGACGACUGCUACGAUUACGUGAAAUUCAUAGAAGAGGUUUAUGCUAAAUUCAGCUUGCCAAAUGAAAUCCAUGCAGAGCUGAAUGACUCAUCUGGAGUCGUUGUGGAUGCUGAUAUUUUUGAUGAACUGCUGAGAUCUUCUACAAUGUCUUUCAAAGUGGUCACAGAGCACACUGAUGAGGACCAGGUAACCGAGGCCUCCUUCUGCUCAGAGGAGGGGUCAUACUCAUCAAUUGAGUCUCUCAGCUCUGCAAGUUCCUCUUCCACAGUGAUAACAGAGAGCACCACAGCACGGAAAAGGCGACUAGUUGAGGGACCACCUGACAGUAAGGUUGCAAAAAAUAUUGUCUAUGUAGCUCUGCAUCAAAAACCAGGGGGUGAAGAUGUAUUCAAAGAGUACAACAACACAAAUGGUCUUUCUGAUCAUACAAGAAAGAAACUUGUCAACAUUCUGGUGGCAGAUAUGAUUGAAAGUCAUGGGAGGAUCCCUCCAGUCAAUGUACGCAUUACCUAUGCCCUUGGAAUUGUCACUCUUUUCCCCAAUCUGAGAGAUAAGGAAUCAGCCACUGGUUAUGAGCAUUACUAUGAUCCUCACAGUGGACAGGGCUACCUGGCCUACCGAUUGAAGACGGUUCAGCGCAACAGUGCAAGUGACACCAAAAGGGGCUCCAAAGCUAAAUAUCAAGGUGGCCCAAAGACUCUACGUGAGACCUCAACAUCUGAACAGCUGUUUGGUGAUGACUGCAAAGAAGCAAUGUCCAUGAUGAAGCAUUCGGCAGACCUGGUAGUCGUCAAGGAGAAAAUGAAAGCAACAUUCAAGUAUAGACAACAAAUGCUACACAGUCCAGACCAGUCUUCACUCAUCCUAGAUCACUUCCCAAGAUUCUUGGAUAUACCUGGCUUGAUUGAUCAGGACUUCACCAUGCUCUUUGGGAAAGACAUCUCCGGCAAGUUUAUUGCAAAAUGGCCAACGUUCUACAAGCCUAGGGUCAUCACCAUCAGCAAAAGCCUUCACCAGAGUACUCAUCUGGAUGACCUCCUGUCUGCUCAGGAGGAAUCCAAUGAUUGUGGAUGGGACAGUGACGUGGCCGCUAUUCUCCUGCUGGUUCAUCUCUUACCUCCGACGGCAAAGGGGAAAAGACACGGGAAAAUCAGUGCAUCUGAGGCUGCUGACCACGUAAUCAAGUUCAUGAAGGUGGGGACGAGCAUGGCGACUUUCCUUGGCAGAAUUGGAUCUGCACAACCCUUCCUUCUCUGCGUUGGCGAAAAGAAGAGCAGCAUCCAAAAGUUUUACAUCGUUCUGGACCAGAAGCCCAUUCCUUGUGUGGCACAGACUGCUGUGGCUGCCUUCGACGAACUGUUUAAGGCGCACUUCAUGUUUGCUGUGUCUUAUGAUGAGACCCUCUUCAACUUCUACACCUUCAUCCAAACAACCAUCUAUGGCAUUGAUGUGGCCACCGCAAAGGAGAGCCCAAGAGUCAAGGAAAUCAGAGUGAGAAUUAGUAACAUUUGAAUUUAUGUUAACAUGUUACAAGUGUAAGGUUCAGCACAGAAAUUGUUCUGCUCUUUUCCAGCAUUUGAAGUUUAGUCAUGCUUUGUAUCCGGGGCGCACAUUGCGUUUGAAAUGUGGGGAACAUGGUUGUCCAUCUGUUUUUUACACUUAUUCUGGGUUCAAGAAACACCUCUUGAAGGUACAUGGAGACAGUUUGGCCCGAGAUAUUGUUGAUAAUAUGGACUGUGUUGGUAUGGACAGUGUUGACAUGGACAGUUUUUGUGCCACUGAGCCUUUGCCAGGUCCAGAUUCUUCUGUUAGUCACCAAAAUCUUUUGAAAGAAAGUUCAUUUGUAGAUAUGUGUAGCUCUGUUAUCGCUCAAGUACAAGCAGCUGGAGUUGCUGAAAAUACAGUGCAAUCUUUAGCUUGUUCAAUGGAAGAGGUUGUGAAUGACGUCCAUAUUCAAGCACAGGAUGCUGUUCUUGAAUGUCUUUCGUCUGAGGUGAAUGAACAGACCUUAGACAAAGUCAAAGAAUGUUUGGAGAACUUAGAAAAUCCAUUCUCGCUUCUAAACACGGUAACAAAGAGGCAAAGACAUUUUGAAAAAAAAUGGAAAAUUGUUGAGCCAGUAGAGCAUGUUCUUGGUGUACGUUAUGAUACACGCUUAGAUAAAACCACUGGUGUAUACAGUCAAAUUCCUGUUAAUGAUAAAUUCAUGUACGUACCAAUUUUAGGAACGCUUCAGUCAAUGUUUACCAACCAGGAACUCCGUGCCUGCUUUCAGCAAGUUAAGUGUCAUGAAGAUGGCAUUUAUAGAGACAUCAAUGAUGGUUCAUACUUCAGGAAUCACCCUUUAUUUUCAGAGGAAGAACAUGCACUCCAAAUUCAGAUUUAUUACGAUGACUUCGAAACUGCCAAUCCGCUUGGAUCUAAAAAGGGAGUACACAAACUUGGCUGUGUUUACUUCAUUUUAAGAAAUUUGCCAACUAAGCUUAAUUCUGUUUUGAUGAAGAUUCAUCUGGUGUCUCUCUUUCAUUCUGAUGACAUUAAGAAAUAUGGUUUUAGUCCAAUCUUACAACCUCUAGUUAAUGAUUUGAAAACUCUUGAGACACAGGGAAUCCAGGUACCGUUUUCAGAUACGCCAUUGAGGGGGUCUGUUGUUCAGGUUACCGGUGAUAAUUUGGCAUUACAUGGCCUUUUUGGUAUGGUUGAAUCGUUCAGUGCAACUUACUGUUGCCGAUUUUGUUUAACUGACAAAACAAGUUUGCAGUCUGUAUUUAGUGAGGAUGACCCAGACCUAAUUCUUCGCACAAAAGAGCUCUAUUUAGAACAUUGCAAUAAUAUGGCACACAAUCCCAAUCUAGUUCACUCAUUUGGUGUGAAAAAAGCCUGUCCUCUUAAUGCAUUGCAGUUUUUUCAUUCCUCAGACAAUUAUGCAGUCGAUAUUAUGCACGACCUGUUGGAGGGAGUUGUGCAGUUUGAACUUAAGCUUCUUUUUCAGUACUUAGUUAGGAAUUCCAUAGACAAAAACACCCUUUCGGAAAGGAUCCAGAGCUUUAACUAUGGAUACAGUGAGCGAAACAACAGACCUAGUGCCAUCAAAGUUGAUGAUGGUAGCAAUGACCUUGGCCUCAAUGCCAUUCAGUCAUGGUGCCUCCUGCGUAACACUCCCUUGAUUUUUGGAGAUCUGGUUGACAGGGACAACAGUUACUGGCGAGUAAUUCUUCUUUUAAUUCAAAUUGUCAAUAUUGUGUUCUCGCCAAUCAUCACAAAUGGUAUGACUUAUUUCUUAAAGCAUUUAAUUUCUGACCAUCACAAACUCUUCAAGUCAUUGUUUACAGAAAAGAGACUAAUUCCGAAGCAUCAUUUUAUGAUUCAUUAUCCCAGAUGUAUUAGGAAAAUAGGGCCUCUAAUACAUAUGUGGUGUAUGAGGUUUGAAGGCAAACAUAAUUUCUUUAAGAAGUCUGUUAAGAAUUUUAAGAACAUAACCAAAACACUGGUAAAGAAACACCAGAAUCAGUUGGCUUUUCAUUGGGAGAAUUUUUAUUUCCAGAGGUUUCAGUUUGGCCCGAUUGAGGAUUCCCCAACAAGUGAACUAGACGGUUGUGAGGUUUUGAGGUCUUGCUUUAACUUAAAUAUGCCUUGUGUCUCUACUACUUCAUGGGUGAAAAACUAUGGAACAGAAUACCGCAUUGGAAUGUUUGUCUGUACGAGUACUGAAAAUGAAAUGCCUGUGUUCAAAAAAAUUGUCAAUAUCAUUAUCAAGGAUGGUGAUGCAUUUCUUUUGACCACUAAAGUUAUCACACUGUAUUUUGAUGAUCACCUUAAUGGUUUCAGAAUUGAGGAUGUGGAUGAUGUCUUUGCUAUUAUUUGUGUGUCUGAGCUUAUUUAUUAUCGAGCUUAUGACAGACAGUUUUCGCCAGAAAAUGAUGAAAGAACAUAUAUUGUGCCCCAUUGCUGUUUUGUAUGAGCUGUACAUUUAUUUAGGUCUGCAAUAUUGACUGAACUCUGUAUUAAAUCCAUUCAGAGUUACAA